AUGGAUGUCUCGCAGGCCGCUUUCCCAAACGGUGAAGGGCGGCCGGGCGGCGGUGGGACCGGGGAGCAUGCCUGGACAGAGUCCCCCACAGUUCGGGCGUGGGCUCACUCUGCCCCGCUGUGCCCGACUCGAUCCCUGUGGACCGCCGCGUAUGACUACGAGGCAAGCGGGGAGGACGAGCUCAGCCUCAGACGGGGGGACGUGGUAGAGGUCCUGUCCAAGGACGCUGCGAUCUCCGGGGACGAGGGAUGGUGGACCGGCAAGAUCAACCACCGGGUCGGGAUUUUCCCCUCCAACUAUGUCACCUACCAGCCCGCUAUAUACCGCCUCCCCGCUACCAGUGUGUCGGUGGGGGAACGGGAGCGAGUCCCGGGCUCGCCCGUGCAGAUCCCCUUCAGUGAACUGGUGUUGGAGGAGAUCAUCGGCGUGGGUGGAUUUGGCAAAGUUUACCGGGGCACAUGGAAAGACCAAGAGGUCGCCGUGAAGGCGGCUCGGCAAGACCCCGACGAGGACAUAACGGCCACCUCCGGCAGUGUUAAACAAGAGGCGAAGCUUUUCUCCAUGCUGCAGCACCCCAACAUUAUCAAACUGGAAGGGGUGUGCUUGGAGGAGCCCAACCUGUGCCUGGUCAUGGAGUAUGCCCGAGGCGGGACACUGAACCGGGUGCUGACCGGAAGGCGCAUCCCUCCUCACAUCCUGGUCAACUGGGCCGUGCAGAUUGCACGCGGGAUGCACUAUCUGCACGAGGAGGCCGUGGUGCCCAUCAUCCACCGUGACCUGAAGUCUAGCAACAUUUUAUUACUUGAAAAGAUCGAGAACGACGACAUCGGGAGGAAGACCUUGAAGAUCACAGAUUUCGGCCUGGCCAGGGAGUGGCACAAAACCACAAAAAUGUCAGCAGCAGGCACCUACUCCUGGAUGGCCCCCGAGGUCAUCAAGUCAUCUCUUUUCUCUAAAGGCAGCGAUGUCUGGAGUUACGGUGUCCUGCUGUGGGAGCUGUUAACAGGGGAGGUGCCGUACCGUGGGAUCGACGGCCUGGCUGUUGCUUACGGUGUAGCAGUCAAUAAGUUAACGCUACCAAUCCCCUCCACUUGCCCCGAACCCUUCGCCAAGCUCAUGGAAGAGUGCUGGGACCAGGACCCCCAUGUGCGUCCCUCCUUCUCCUGCAUCCUGGAGCAGCUGUCAGCCAUCGAGGAGGCGGUGAUGGCCACGAUGCCCCAGGACUCCUUCCACAGCAUGCAGGACGACUGGCGCGUGGAGAUCCAGGAGAUGUUCGACGAGCUCAGGACCAAAGAGAAGGAGCUCCGUUCCAGGGAAGAGGAGCUGACUCGGGCCGCCCUCCAGCAGAAGUCUCAGGAGGAGCUGCUGAAGCGUCGGGAGCAGCAGCUGGCAGAGCGAGAGAUCAACGUGUUGGAGAGAGAGCUCAACAUCCUCAUCUUCCAGCUCAACAAAGACAAGCCCAACGUGAAGAAGAGGAAAGGCAAAUUCAAACGGUCCCGCCUUAAACUGAAGGAUGGGAACCGCAUCAGCCUGCCCUCAGACUUCCAGCAUAAGAUCACCGUGCAGGCGUCGCCUUCUAUGGACAAAAGGCGGAGUCUCCAUAGCACCAGCUCUUCUCCUCCCAGCAGCCCCACACUCAUCCCUCGGCUACGAGCCAUUCAGCUUACUCAAGACGAGAGCAACCGUACGUGGGGCCGCAGCUCCCUCUUCAGGCCAGAGGAGUUCGACGACGUGAAAAAGGGAAUCAAGAAGAAAGGAAGGACCUGGGGACCCAGUUCAGUGCAGAGCAAAGAACGGCCGGCUGCUGCCGAGAGGGUGCGUCCUCUGUCAGACGGCAGCAACCCCUGGUCCACCAGCCUGGUCAAGUCCCAGAAGUCUGUCCCCCUCGCUGCCCUGUUCGCUGACCAAGCCGGGACCGGUAAAGACGAAGCGUUCGCCCAGGAAUGUCCUGACAGCAGCUCCAAACCAAAGCAGCUCAAGUUCCCCAACCAGGUGUACAUUGAUCUACCUCUGUGGAGGGACGAGCAGCAGCCUCAGAGCCCCGGGGGGAACUGUGGGCCGGGAGACGCAGGGGUCGGGGCAGCGGGUCAGGGCGGCCCACCUGAGACGCCAGACGACCCCUACACCACCACGUCCACGUCGUCCACCUCCACCACCCCACAGCUCACCCCAACCAACAGCCUGAAAAGGGCAUCAGCUCGCCGGAAGACCGACUCGGUGCUGUACGGCUGCGGCUCGCUGCUGGCUUCAGUUGUGCUCGGCUAUGACAUUAGGGAGGCUCUCAAAAACUCCGCCCCCGGAGAAGACUGUGAGCCGCAGAAAGAGGAGAAAGAGAAGAAGAAGAAAGAGGGCCUGUUCCAGCGCGCGACACGUUUCCGCCGCAGCACCUCGCCACCGAGCGGCCGCUCCCGCAAAGACGAGGCGUCGUCGAACCACACCUCCACCCAAGCCGUUAAUCUCAUCUCCAUGUCCGCCAUCAUGGAAUGCAACUCCACCAAGUGCCUCCUGCAGUCUGAGGCGGAGGUGUCGGAGUCCAGCCCUGGGAAGGGCGAACAAGUGGCCGCCAAUCAUCACCCAGAGCCACCCAGACCAGCAGCAUCCACAGAGAGCCAGAGCAACAAGACCGCAGCUAAAACACAGACACCAGUGCAAACCCAAAGUCAGCCUCCAGAGCAGAGCAACCACAACACAGGGACACGUCUACGCAGAAAGAAGUACACCACCAACCACAACACCAACGGCCCGCCCACUCUGCCUCCUCCCGCCACACAGAAGAAGCAGGAGAAAGAGAAGGAGGGAGUGUCAGAAAAGCCCUCCGGCGGCGAGGCCUUCUCCAGACCACGGCCGGUGUCGUUCCGGGCCAAACCCCACACCUGGGCGCUGCUGCGAGGACGCAACAAGAGCUACUCCCUGGGUCACUACUCCGGAGAGAAGGCGGCACAAAACCUGAGCAUGGUGCUGUCCUCGGAGGUGGGGGUGGGCUGCUCCCUGCUGGACAUGGACACAGAGGGCCAGAAACGAGACUGCACCGUGCCACUGUGCCGCAUCCAGAGCUCCCCGGCUCGGCCCUCCGUCUUCGAGCUGGAGAAAGAGUUCCUCUCUUAGGAGCCCUGAGAAGUUAUCUGCUGUGGUUGUAGCUCAUCGCAUACAGACACAAUUUUUUGGCCUAGAACUCCUGGAGGGUUUAGAACCAGGCUGCCUUUGUUUCCGUUUAAGAAAAAGUUCUGUAUAGAACUGUAGGACUCAGCUUUGUCUUAGAACAUAGUGCUGUCAGUGUUCUAGAGCGUAACAGAGUCUGAGACUUCUAGGAGACGCCUGUGUCAGUUCUUCAACGUUCACCCUCGUCUCAGCCUGAGAACGGCCUCGUCUCACUCGAGAACACACACAGCGUUCUGAAACCCGAGCAGAACGUUCCUGAGCUGGAUCAGCAGCUCUGGUCCCUCAGUGCUCGACUGCCACCUCCGUUCGCUCAUGUCUCUCUCUCUCCCUUCGUCACCCCCCUUUCCUUUCUGUCGGUGCAGCUAAACGUUGACCGCUGCUGCAGCUUUCGCAACACAGUACCCUCACCUUUUUAUUUAUAUAUAUAUUUUUAUAGGUAAUUUAAUAUGAAGAGACUCGACCUUACCUUAGCAGCCAGCAGGACGUACAUUCCAUGUCAGUUUCAAAGCUGUGUGAUCACGCUUUUAGAGUUUUUUUUGACUUGAGAAUCAUGCAUGCAUGUACCCUUAAAAUGUUGAACAAAAAAAAAAUCAUUAUGCCUUGUUUGUAAAUAUUUCUUUUUAUCCAUUAUCAGCUUAACGCUGGCAGUCAUUUUGUAUUGCAUAUAUGCUGUUUUAUGGCUGUUUUAAAAGUCAGCAAUGCUGCAGUACAGCUUGUGCUCUAGGGACAGGUUACAUACCGGAUCAUAGGAGGGAUGCUCGUAUGUUUCCACCCACAAUGCCCUGAAGAUUUUUUAGAGAUGCGGGUAGAAGAACACUGGAAGUCCUUACAAAGCAGACGUGGAAUCUUCUUCUUUUAAAAGCUGUGGUCAUGUGUUGCUAAUAUGGAUUUUUCUAAGAGUAUUUAUAGAAAAGUUUGUUUGGUUAAUAUGCAGCAGGAAAUAUGUCAGGAACACCUGCCCCAGGUUUUCAGAAGUUCUAAUCGAAUCCCCCCCUGAGGACAGCUGAUUGGUUGGAAGUGUAAAGGCAGCGUAAUCUCCCACACAGCCCCGGAGUGUCCACACAGGAGAGUUUGGAUUGGAAAACGCUGCCCAGAUGCAGAAAAUCGGUUCUGUAGAGCUGACAGAUCCUUUACAUUCAUUCAUGUCUGAUUUGGUCAAUGUUGUGGAUUUCAGCCCCAGUUUAGUUCAACAUGUCUCAUUGUGCUGUUACAUUUUAAUAUUUACUUCAGAUUUUGUUCCUAUUUGUACGUUUUUUUUUUUGUGCAACGUUAAGCAAAGGCCACAUGUCCUCCAAAAGGCCAAUUCAUGCUGUCCAAGGAUGUGCACGAUGUAAAUUUCACCUCUGUAGACGCCCAAAACAAACGUUUAGCAGAGGCUGUGUGAGGACAUCCUCCGUCGUCCGCACCUUUUUAAAAGAAUCAUUUGAAGAGUUCAGAAUCAGGGGAGCUGCUGCCAGACUUAGCAGGUGCAGAUUUCCAUUGACAAUCCCAGAACACAGCGGGAAAACCUCCAGCUAUCCUGUGCCGUGUCCAACAGAAACGCUGCACAUCUUUUGGCAAAGCAGGUUUUUCUUUUUAAGUACAAGAAGAAGGUUAGAGCACACUGCUGAGUUCACAGCCCUUAAUGCUCCAACACUACUGUGUCGUCUUGUCACUCCAGUAGUUUUGGAACAUUAGUCUGUUUGCGCAAACCUACUUUUUGUACUCUAAAAAGGAUGUGAUCUGGAGCUUAGUGCAAAGUUAAAGCCUUUACGAUGCAUCCACAAGAACCCCUGUGAGUGUUUCUGUUUGACACGAGGGAAAACACAGAUCAACACGUUCCCUAAGCUGCAGCAUGAACAGAACUCUUCUGUGAUUCUGCUUCUUGAAGCCCAUUGUAGAAACCAUGAAUUGGUCGUUAACAAGAUUCAGUUCAGUUUGUCUAAACAGAGUCAAGUUUGCUUUUUUUUAAUCAUUAUACUGUAUAUGCUGUAGACUUCCUCAGGAUUCAAGACAAAGGGCUCAGUAGCUUGAUUUGUAGUCUCUCUGAACUUGACGGCCUGACUAUGCAGUUCCUGUCCUGGACGUGGUUCCAGGGUCACUCCGGGGCUCGUUCUCUAAAAAAACAAACCGAACAAUAACCCAGAAAUUGAUGAUUCUAUCCCCCCUUCACUUUUCCUCAUUGCUGUCUUCGUUAGUAAAUGUGUCCCCCCUUUGGAAGGACUCAAGGACCCAUUUCCAGAACAAUGAUGAAUUUCCAAAUGGUGUAAAUAUAACUGUGAUUCCUGACGUGUAUCUCACUGUGGCGUUUUGUGAUGAUUUAGAAUGUGAACGUUCCCAUGUUCUGUAUUUUGUGACCACUGACUUUCAAACCAGGUCCAACACUGUAAAGGCCUUACUAAUCACAAAGCUGUUCAAGGUGCCGUUUACAAGCCAAUUUUUAUUUCUUUUUAUUAUUAUGAAUUGAGGGUUUGUAAAUACCACAACGCACUGGUGCUGUACGUUCCCCCCCCUCAGUCGUCACAGUCGGAACUUCCUCGGCUGGUGCUCAACUCGACUCGACAUUCCCAAACAAACAUUCCACUGCUUUUUGACAAACUGCAGCAAUAAUAUUUGUGCGACCAGUUACCGGUACGGCUCAUUCAGGCUUCUGGCUGCUACGGGGACCAAAUUCAGCUCGACCAGCACUAAAGGGCCUCUUUUGUCUUCAGGACCAAAACCACUAAAUGAACUAGCUGCUAGUGAGGAGUUGUUACAAAAAGAAAGCGACUCCGUUCGAAUAAGCGUCACAAAGAAACCUCAGAGGCUGAAAGAUCCGAAAAAACCUUCAAAUGACGAGAACUUUUUUUCUGUUAAAAUCCUUCGACACACUGGCGUCACGCUGAACGUGUCGGAUUUAGCUUCUGUUUCAGCGAGCGGUGUUUGUUAUCAUUACAGUAUUGGUUGUUUCACGCCUGAUUGAUCAAGAGUAUCAAGUUUAUCGACAUUUUGAAUAAAGUCUAAAUCAAGACUAA